AUGAGGACAAUCGCCAUUCUCGCGACUGCCAGCAUUGCCUCUGCCGUCCAAGUGUGGUGGGGAGGAGCCCCUGAAUGCGCCGAUGACUGUUUUUCAUCCUUCUGGUCUUCGGCUAGCACCUGGCCCGCACCAUUUGAGUACUGCUCUGCAACUCAAGGUCCUGAUGUCCUGAAUUGCCUCAAGUCCAAGUGCUCGGCCACUCCAACAGCCAUCACAUCCUACAGCUCUCUCUCCUCUGCCUUAUGCGCAAACUGGGCCUCCUGCAGCGCGGCCGGUUCGACGGGCGUCUAUACGGUUUCUCUCCCGGGCUUUACUGGCGCCUGGGGCCCAGGUCAUUCCGGCCCUUAUCCCGGCGGCCGUUGGGGUGCUUGGGGUUACCCCCAUCCCAUGCCAACAUCCGCCCCCGAUGCCAGUAACCCGGCCUAUGAUUGGGCUGACGGCCGCUGGCACGACUGGACACGCACCUGGUCUGGUGGCGUCUACACAGUCACCGGCUGUGAGUGGGACGGCAACCCGUGGGCUGGCGGUCCAGGUGGCUGGGGACCAGGCGGCGCUGGUGGCUCGCCGUGGGGUCCUUGGGGCAAGGGCUGGAAGUGGACGACAACGACGGAGAUCAUCACGCGCGUGGUGACCAAGACGGACGAUGGCACGACCUCGCUUGUGACCUCUGUUGGCCCGGCAACCGUUGCUCUCGCUGUUAGUGGAGACAUUACCAGCACGAGCGUGCUUAAUGCGCAAGAGACUGACUCCUCGGGUUCUUCGGGUGGCUCUGGUAGCUCGUCGUCCGAUUCGGGGGCCGCCGCUGGUAGGGGGGAGCCGGCUGCUGGCGUUAUGCUUAUGGGGACCCUGUUGGCGGGCGUUGUGGUUGUUGCUGGAUUCCUUUGA